AUGAAUGAAAAGUCACACCCCAAAGUGAACUACAAACAUCCAAGUGGUCUACCGACAUUACUUCACCUAGCUCAAAUAUCAAUAAAACGUCAUAUAACACAAUUACAAGAUGUUGGAGCAACUCCAUUUCAUUUAUUAGAAUCAAUAUUAAAAUUAAUGUCAUCAAAACAAUUGGAUCAUUUAGAAAGUUUAUCAAAUCAAUUAAUGCCUUUUACUGAUGAAAUUUGGAAUCAUUUAAUAACAAAAGAUUUUCCUGAUAGACCAAAUGACUUAGGUCCCUUGGGUUCAACUUCACAAUUAAAAUAUCCAAAUAUGCCUUAUAAAUCAUUAUAUUUUAAAUAUGUAAAACAAAGAGAUGAUUUUAGAAAAGAUUCUGCUAAAAGGUUAAGACAUAUGAAUAAGUCUAUUCAAAAAGAAAGAUCAAUGAAUCAAAUUGUAACUAUUGAUGAAAUACGACGAGAUCCAUCUAUUAAAAGAAGAAAAAUGGAUUCAAAUGGUAAUUAUGGAAGAACUACUCAACCAGUGAAUAAAAAUACAAUAUUAGGUAAAGCAAUGAGAGAAUCUCAAUCAAGAUCAUUGAUGUUUGGGAAAGCACCACAUAAAAAUUAUGAUCCUUAUAAUGCAUUUCAAUAUAAAGAUGAUAUACCAAUACGAGCUCCAAGACAAAUCAAAAGAAUUACUUUUUUUGACCAAUCUAAUAAACAACCAAAAUCCCCAUCUAUAAAACAAGAUGUAAAAUCAAAAGCAUCUCCACCUCCAUCAUCCGCUGAAAUUGCUGAAAUUGCUAGAAAACGUAAAUUGCAAUUACAACAAAAUCAACCAUCUAUAUUUAUAAAAAGAAGAAAUCAAACUUCACCAUCUCCAAUUAAGAAAAAAGCGCCUACACUGCCAUCUUCAUCUUCAUAUACUUCCCCUCGAAAAGAUGAAUCACCAAGUAAAAUCAAACCAAUGAAAUCUUCUAUAUUUAGUUAA